CAUUUGAUAUUUUUUCCAAUGAAAAAAUUUAUCUUGAAUUUAAAUUUACAAACAACAAUAAAUUAUUAUAAAUUUCGCUUUGUGUUGCCGCUGGUGGUUGUUCUUGGUUUUGUUGCUGAUACAGAUUCAAUUAGUAGAUGCGUAUUUGUGUUUGCUUUGCAUUGAAGUAAAGUUUUUAAUUAUUGUGGGGAUUCAGAAAAUUGUGCAUUACGGCGUUAUUUUCAUGCCAUGUAGAACUGAAAUUGAAAUGAGUUCGAAAAUAUUCCGUGAACAAAGUUAUUCCGCCGUUUAUUGAAGUGAAAAACAAAAACUUAUGAAACUAAUUGGAACGCGCUGUAUUUGUGAUAAAAAUUAAUUUGCAAAACAAACAAAAGAUACGCCACAUAUCGGCACGAAUAUUUAUACAAACAUACGAGCUGAGUUGAAAAAGAAGAAGCACCCGUUGCAAAGGGUAUUGUCGUACGUUGGUUGUAGUGAAUACGCCAACCACUGCCCAGUCAAAGGCGAACAUAACAACAACUUCCCGAGGAGUGACUUGCUGCUCGUGAAACUCGUUUGUAGCGCAAGAGUUUGCAAAAAGCUGGUCACGCCGCACCAGUUUAACAUCGUUUCGUAAAGUUUCCGCGCCCGCGCUCGGAAUAGUAUAUGCUUGCAGUUAAACGAAACCAAACCAACGACAAAUGCGCGUGCGUGUUUCAGCAGCACAGGAAGUUAUUGCAGUGCAGUGUAUUUUGGCUGUAAUCGGCGCGCAUGCGCAAAUCAUAUAACACAAUAUUUGUAGUUUUCGCAUUGUGAGCGUGUCUGUGAAACAUAAAAGCUUUUCAGUUUUUGAAAAAUUGAAUGAAGUGCAAUAUUUGCUAUUGAAUUUUUAAAAAAUAGAGUUCCGAAAUCGCCAAAAUCAAAGAAAAGUUGGAAGUUUUCCAGUAAGCUAAAUAACAGCCUCUCCAUCGCCUCACUUUCGCUCUGGAUUACGCGCUUUCGUAGAAUGCCGUUGACGUGUCAGCACUACUGCUGUCGUAGUUGAGCAUAAAAUGCAAGGGUUUACGCUGGAGAGAUUAACGCCACUCCUGCUGCUGGUGCUGCACUUCUCCGGCUGCGCCGUUAAUUCGGCGUUGGCGGCGCGCAAUCCUCGACAGGGCGGCAGUAGUGGUGGUAACUAUAAAAAUGGUCGUGCUGAACGAUACCGCGGUUCACAGCAAGCGGCGAGAAAGCGCCACAAUGGUGGGGGUGGUAACGGCGGAGCGGGUGGUGUUAACGGUGCGUCAGUGCUGGCGCAAAAUCACGAGAACAAUCAUACGGAAUUCGUGAAGGGAAAAAUUUGCAUUGGUACCAAAUCUCGUUUGUCAGUGCCGUCGAAUCGCGAACAUCACUAUCGUAACUUACGUGAUCGCUACAACAACUGCACUUAUGUGGAUGGCAAUUUGGAGUUGACCUGGUUGCAAGAACCAGGUAUGGAUCUCAGCUUUUUGGAGAAUAUUCGCGAAGUGACCGGCUAUAUACUCAUAAGUCAUGUGGACAUACAAAAUGUUGUAUUCCCAAGACUACAGAUCAUCCGUGGCCGCACUUUAUUCAAUCUCAACGUUCAAGAACAACAGUUUGCUCUGUUCACUGCCUACUCCAAAAUGUUCACUCUCGAAAUGCCUGCACUCAGGGAUAUCCUUCAAGGGUCUGUGGGUUUCUUCAACAAUUUUAAUUUAUGUCACAUCAAAACAAUCGACUGGAAAGAGAUCAUAUCUGGUCCCGACGAUCAGUUCACCUAUGUCUACAAUUUCACACCCCCUGAACGUCAAUGCCCGAAAUGUCAUGACUCCUGUGAGCACGGCUGUUGGGGCGAAGGUCCGAACAACUGUCAAAAGUUCAGUAAAAUUAACUGCUCACCACAAUGUGCGCAAGGACGUUGCUUCGGUUCGCGUCCACGUGAGUGCUGCCAUCUUUUCUGCGCCGGCGGUUGCACUGGGCCGACUCAGCGCGAAUGUAUAGCCUGCAAGAAUUUCUACGAUGAUGGUGUUUGCAAGGAAGAGUGCCCGCCCAUGCAAAAAUACAAUCCAACAAAUUAUUUGUGGGAAGUAAACCCCGAGGGUAAAUAUGCUUAUGGCGCCACCUGCGUUAAGGAAUGUCCCGAGCAUUUGCUAAAGGAUAAUGGCGCUUGUGUGCGUAGUUGUCCUGCGGAAAAGAUGGCUAAAGAUGGUGAAUGUGUGCCGUGCAAUGGGCCGUGCCCGAAAACGUGCCCGGGCACGCCAGCACUGCAUUCGGGAAAUAUCGACACGUACAAGGGAUGUACAGUGAUUGAGGGUUCCAUACGUGUACUGGAUCAGACAUUUUUCGGCUAUCAACACAUUUACUCAAAUAACUCAUUCGGUCCACGUUUCAUUUCUAUGCACCCUGAUCGCUUAGAGGUGUUCUCCACAGUGAAGGAAAUCACAGGGUACUUGGAUAUUGAAGGCGCGCACCCGGCUUUUAAGAAUCUAUCGUAUUUUCGCAAUUUGGAGGUCAUACAUGGCCGUCAGCUAAUGGAGAGUUACUUUGCUUCCUUGUCGAUUGUGAGAUCUUCGCUGGAAAGUUUAGAGCUGCGCAGCCUGAGGCGCAUCAAUUCUGGUGCAGUUGUGAUACAGCAGAAUGAUAAUAUUUGCUUUGUGAGUGACAUCGACUGGCAGAAGGUGCAGAAGUCAGUAGAUCAUGGUGUGGUGAUCGCAAAGAAUCGCAACGAAAGCGAAUGCAAAUCAGAGGGUCUUGUUUGCUCGGACCAGUGCAAUAAGUCCGGCUGCUGGGGUAAAGGCACGGAUCAAUGUCUGGAAUGUAAGAAUUUUGCUUAUAAUGGCACUUGCAUCGCCGAUUGCCGCAAUAUAUCGAACGCCUAUCAAUUCGACAAUAAAACCUGUAAGGAAUGCCAUCCCGAGUGCCUCACCUGCUCUGGACCCGGCGCUGAUCACUGCGACGAAUGUGUACAUGUACGUGACGAGAAACGCUGCGUUACAGUUUGCCCAGACAACAAAUAUUCCGACUAUGGCACCUGUCGUCCUUGCCACGAGACUUGCGAGGGUUGUACUGGUCCUAGGGACACUAUCGGACCUGGAGGUUGCAAAACGUGUAAUCUCGCCAUCAUCAAUAGUGAUACCACCGUCGAACGUUGCUUGCUGAAGAACGACAAGUGUCCUGAUGGCUAUUACUGGGAAUAUGUAAAUCCACAAGAGCAAGGCAACUUGAAGCCUUUGGCUGGCAAAGCCAUCUGCCGAAAAUGUCAUCCACGUUGUGAGCUCUGCAAUGGGUACGGCUUUCAUGAACAAGUCUGCUCUAAGUGUACUGGCUACAAACGCGGCGAACAGUGUGAAGAUGAAUGCCCGCCCGACCAUUAUGCGGAUGAGACACGACGUGAAUGUUUCGAAUGCCACUCUGAGUGUAAGGGUUGUACAGGACCGAGCGCUGAGGAUUGCAUCGCUUGUCGCAGCUUUAAAGUUUUUGGCUUCGGCGAUCCCAACGAUAAUACGACAAUGUUUAACUGCACUUCUAAGUGCCCCACUGAGUAUCCGUAUGUAAUUUAUCAGUCAACCGAUAUUGGCACCUACUGCUCGGAAGUACCUGGCAAAGGCACCAAACUCACCGCCGGCGUAGACAGCUACAUAUUUAUUAUCGUGAUUUUUAUUGUUUUUGUGGCAAUGUUCUGUAUGGGUAUCGUUUGCUAUGUUUGUCGGCAGCGUACCAAAGCCGAAAAGGAGGCGGUGAAAAUGACGCGUGUACUAAGUGGCUGCGAGGAUGCCGAACCGCUGCGCCCCUCAAAUAUCUCACCCAAUCUUUCGAAAUUGCGAAUCGUAAAGGAUGCGGAGUUGCGCAAAGGUGGUGUACUCGGCAUGGGCGCAUUCGGUCGUGUGUUCAAAGGUGUUUGGGUGCCAGAGGGCGAGAACGUCAAAAUUCCGGUCGCCAUUAAAGAGUUGUUGAAGGCCGCAAGCGCCGAAUCGAGUGAAGAGUUUCUGCGCGAGGCAUACAUCAUGGCUUCGGUGGAGCAUCCAAAUCUACUGAAAUUGCUAGCAGUCUGUAUGACCUCACAAAUGUUGCUAAUAACACAACUUAUGCCCCUCGGAUGCCUACUCGACUAUGUGCGUAAUAAUCGCGAUAAAAUAGGUUCAAAGGCGCUAUUGAACUGGUCCACACAAAUUGCAAAAGGUAUGUCAUAUUUGGAGGAAAAAAGACUGGUACAUCGCGAUUUGGCAGCACGCAAUGUGCUUGUGCAAACGCCGUCCAUUGUGAAGAUCACCGAUUUUGGGUUGGCGAAACUACUUAGCAGUGACUCUAAUGAAUAUAAGGCGGCUGGCGGUAAAAUGCCUAUAAAGUGGCUGGCAUUGGAAUGCAUAAGACAUCGUGUCUUUACUAGCAAGUCGGACGUGUGGGCGUUUGGCGUAACCAUUUGGGAGCUGUUGACUUUCGGUCAACGCCCACAUGAAAAUAUACCCGCCAAAGAUAUACCCGAUCUCAUUGAAGUUGGACUAAAAUUGGAGCAGCCCGCAAUCUGCUCGCUAGAUAUCUAUUGUACGCUGUUAUCCUGCUGGCACUUGGAUGCUGAAAUGCGUCCGUCAUUUAAGCAGUUGGUGAAUGUUUUCUCCGAGUUUGCUCGCGACCCUGGUAGGUAUUUGGUCAUACCAGGUGAUAAAUUUACACGCUUACCCGCCUAUACGAGUCAAGACGAAAAGGAUCUCAUCCGAAAGUUGGCACCCACCACAGAGGGACCAGAAACUAUGGUUGAGGCAGAGAAUUACACACAUCCGAAGGUAGUGCCGCGACCCAUUAGAGUUGAAGACACCGAUGAGGUCCCUACACUGAAUCGCUAUUGCAAAGAUCCAAUGAAUAAGAAUUCAUCAUCUGGUGGCGACGACGAGACUGACUCGAAUGCUCGUGAGGUUGGUGUCGGCAACUUGCGACUCGACCUACCUGUCGACGAAGAUGACUACCUUAUGCCCACCACCUGCCAGACUACUGGACCGAAAGGUGCCACCGGUAGUAACAACAACACCAUCAAGGCGAAUGGUCACCCCAACGGCGGUGUGGGUAUUGGCGCCGGUGGUUACAUGGAUCUAAUCGGCGUACCGGCAAGCGUCGACAAUCCAGAAUAUUUGCUCAAUGCUCAAGCACUGAGCGUCGAUGAUGCACCAAUACCAACGCAAACGAUUGGUAUACCAGUGAUGACGAAUCGUAAUAGCAGCGGAGCCACAGUGUUGCCAAGUGGCAACGGCAGCGUCUUAAGCGCCGGCCACCACCACCCCCAUCAUGCGCCAACAACAGCGGCGGCAGUUGCGGCGGCGGCAAACACAAUAGCUGCACUCACGGCAAUGCACGACAUGAAUGUGGCAGCCAUGGCAGCGGCUAAUGGAGGCUCGGAGCCGACCAGCUCAGACCAUGAGUACUACAAUGACACACAGCGUGAAUUGCAGCCGUUGCAUCGCAGCGAAACUCGCGUCUAGCAAAUAGUGCGGCCAACGGUCGUCGGUGUGGUGCACGAAAGAUGUAGCCAAAGCAAAUGCGGCACGCAAACAAAAGAAGGAGUGGAUGAUGUCGAGAACGAUGAAGGUAGCGAGAAGCAGAAGACGACUGCAACACUGCCUACGUGAACUUAACUUGCCACAAGAACUUGCUACGUGCCUCAUUCACAUACAUACCAUGUAACUAUGUAACUGUAAAUAAUUUUUAGUAAGACACAGCAAAUGCAGCGAAAUCGAAAAUCGAACGCAGCUAAGCGGGACACACGAAACACGAAGCAAAACAAACAAACAAAGAAACAGACAAAUUGAAACAACACUAUAUGCCACUUAAGGUCACGUACAAAGCACGCCGCUGGAGACAGAAAUUGAGUUUCAACUCCACGGCAAAAGCAACGUAUGGACUUAGCCCAAAAAACACCCAUUUUUAGCAUUAGGGAUUUAGAAUAUAACUGUAUAUAAUGAGAAGUUAAAAGUAGUGCGUAAAUUGUUGUUGUAUACUGUAGUACUUACCAGUUAGAAUGUUUAGAGAGCUGAAGAGAGCGUAAAAAAGCGUAAUUAGUUAAUAGAAAUGGGGGUGAAAACUUGUAAAUCCUUAGUAGGAAUACACCAUUAGUGCAUUUGACUUGAACGAAGGUCAGGACAGUGGCGGUUAACAAUUGUGUACGCCACGACUGUACAGAAAUGAGAGAAAACCGCAACCUGAUCUUCAAGCAAAUUAGUUAUUAGCGUUAACUGUAAGAAAUUUAGUGACUAAGGUUUCGAUAACUUUAAAAUUUUAACUUUUUAGUUGUAAACUUGAUUUGUUAAUUACGAACUGUGAUAACGUAAAUGUAAGUACGAAUACGAAAAAAAAACAAAAACAAAAAAAAAAAUAUUCAAAAAAAUGCAACAAAAAUGUAAAGCAAUGAACAAAAUGAACAAAAACUAAACAAAACUGAAAACAUAAAAAAUUACAAAAGUAAAAAUUACUAAUAAGCAUUUGCAUUCAAUAAUAAUUACAAUAAUUAUGCGAUACUUCGAAAAUUGUAAAAAUUACGAAAUUGAAACAAAAAGCAAAUAACAAAAAACAAAAAAUGUUCAUGUUCGGCAUUCAAUAGUGAGUUUUGUAAAACGCGUGUCUAAAAAUUGAUGGUUAAUGAAAAUUUUUUUUUGUAAAUUUUUAUUUUUGUGUCAUUAGGCCUUCAGUUUUUUCAUUUUUAUUAUUAUUUUUUUAUUUAAUAUUUUUUGUUUUUAAUUUUGUUUUACUUUUGUAACAAUCAAGACACGUGCCACGCUUAAUAACUACUUUAAGAUAGAACAAAAAAAAA